CCCUACAAGCACCAUUGUGCCACGAAUUUGCAAAUUUUGUGGGGUGCCCAAUAGGGCUCGGUGGUCGCAACUGCGCCUAGAACAUGAACGCGUACGCCAUUGUGAAAUUCCUUGAUGAUGAUCAGGGUAAAGGCAUUUCAACAAAUAUGUCUGCGCAUCGAUCCUCUGUUCUAACCUCACUGUUGUCUUCUUGUCAUUUCCCUUUAUGAGGUUCUUCUCCCCCGAAAGCCGUCCGCAUGUCCUAUGUGCUCGGAUGGCUGUUGGCCUUGCUGCUAACAAUUUGUCCCUCUCUGGUGGCUGCCGCCGAUGAAAUUGAGCUUUGUGGUCAAUUCGAUCACUUCAAUUCCACCACUGUCCCAUAUUCAUUUAACAACAAUGCCUGGGGCGAUAAUGGUGAGGGCUACUCCUGUCUCAUAGUCUCUGGCGAUGACGCUAGUUUCAGCGUCAAGUACCAAUGGACCGGCGACCCCUCGACCGUCAAAGGUUUUCCCUAUGUCAAAGUUCAUCCAAGUCGAUUGCCAGUCCAGCUUUGGAACGUUUCCUCCCUCGACUUCUCCGCCCAAUUCCGCACAUAUGUCAGAGGCACGGGGAAUUGGUCUUCACAAGAGCAGGCAAUCGCAUAUGACAACACUGGACUACGGGCCAAUGUUGCAGUAGACAUGUUCCUGUCCGACAAUGCCGAAAACUCGACGGGAUUGGGCCCGCCGAUUGAAAUCAUGAUCUGGCAGUGGUACACCCCGACCGUUCUUCCACUUGGCCACUCCGAGUCGACGCCUGAGCAAGACACUGUUGAAGUAGGAGGCACCAACUACAGCCUAUACCAUGGUUGGAACGCCCAAGGCCAACAUGUCUUCUCGUGGCUGCCCCACCAGAAUUUGUCCAGUGUCGAUGUUGACUACUUCCCUUUACUGGAGCACAUCUGGCGCAACGGUUUGCUGUCUGGCGCCUUGUACCUUGGACAACUAGAGUUUGGUACCGAAGUCAUGUUUGCAGGAGAAGAGACCAUCUUUGAAGCCAACAACUAUACUUUGAAGAUCACUCGAGAGGGUGACCCAGAUGCGCCUGUCAGACAAACCACCACCUCAACCUCAUCCACUAUGGUCACGACCGCAACCUCAACAAGUCGUGCCACGGGCACCUUUACACCUCCGCCCAUAACUACGACAGCUACCAGGGGUGCGAGCCCCGGCUCGACAGCUAAUGCUGCUCCUGCCAUAUCAUUACGGCGACAUGAUGGAGGCGGCUCUGGCUGGAUCGGCCCUGUUGCAGCUGCAGUAGGACCAUUGCUUGUCACAUCGUUCUUGCUCAGUACUAGAUGGUACCUAUAG